AUGUCAUUGACUUCUUUAUUCCUUAGUGCAACAAAGCUCGUGGUCGAACGCAUACUCUCCCCGGACAACCUCCCCUCCCUCCUCCACGCUUGCAUCUCCUCCAAUGCCCCAACCCGCGUCCGCGCCCUCCGCGUCCUCCAAUAUCUGACCUCCUCCCGACCUACCACAAUUCGCCUCUGUACCCCCGCCGUCUUCCUCACCCUCACCACCGCGCUCCUCAACGUCCUAGCCGACGAAGACGAUUCACCUCGAGACGAACGCGGCGAGCGUGAAGCUCUGUCGUGUUUAAGUACCUUCAUGGCGCUAGGGUAUACAGCGAAGAGCAUGGCUGUUGAGGCGGGGGUUGUGGCGUGGUUGAAGAGGUAUGAGGCCGAUCCUAAUCCGUCCUUGCCUGUUGCAAUUGGGGAACACGAGGAUUUUAGUACGUUGUUGGUUGAUAUUGUGCGUGGGCUUUUGGACGUGGAGCAGGGUCGACUACAGCUCGUGGGUGCGGGGUUGUUGGGUGAGGAUGCAUUGGAGAACUUUAUCCCGAAUCUGAGUGAUCCUGUGUUUAACCCGGAGUUGUAUGUCGAGGUCGACCUGGAAGAGUUGCAGCGGGAUGAAGACGGAGAUGUUUACAUGAUCGAGGAAGAGUACGAAGAAGAAGAGGAACUCACAGAUGAAGAUGAGCACGAGCACGAGGAUGAAGAAGAAGAAGAUAGUGGCGACGGAAUUCCCACCUACAUCUACUCCGAAGCUUCAGGCGACGACGACGAUGAAGAAGCAGCCCUCGAAGUUACAGAAACAAUCUAUCAGCAACUCGCCUCCACCGAACGCCGAAUCCACGGCCUCUCACUCACCCCGGCCCCAGCCCCAGCCCCAGGCCCCGCCCCCGACGCAAUGGGCCAACUACUCCUCCUCCUCGAACAAGAAACCAUAGCCUUCGAAUCCCUCAUGGCCCACAUCAACAACCUCACCAUCCCCGUCGUUCGCCGCCACGCCCCUGACUUUGACGCAGUCUUUGAGCAACUACGACAGCAUCAGCGGAAUGUGACACUUAGGGCGGGGGAGAGACCUGAUGAUCGCAGUGCGCAGGCGAGGUUGGAUAGGAUGGCGGAGGUUUUGCAAGCGACGAGGGGGAUUAGAGAGAGGUUGGCGAGGAUGGUGGAGAGGGUUGAGAGGCAGGUUGUUGAUCGUGGAUUGUAA